AUGGUUCUACUGGUCCUGCUGGUUUCAGACGGUGUGAUUGGUGCUCGGGCAGCAGAGGAUUGGACUCAGACUGAGGACAGAGUGGUCGCAGUGGGGUGGAGACACAUGGUGCGGCAGGUGGUUUUGGACCUCGUGGACCCCACAGGCCAUGGCCACACCCCCAUGACGUGGCCACACCUACAUCUGGAAGUAACUGACGACAGCGUCACACCGAGCGGACCUGAUAGAAGACUGCAGGACCCGUACAGGCCGAUGAUGAUGAUGAUGUCGGACAACUUGGAUCAGAGCGAAGACGUCCUCCCCCCCCAUGAGCUGGAGCCCCCCCGGGAGGAGGACGGACACUGCCCCCUGCCCUUCAGGCUGCAGCUGAUCGAUGACCUGACAUAUGAAGACGUGAAGAAGUGCUACAGAGGAUCAACGGUCAGCAAAUACAACUCUCAGUACCACAAACUGUUCCAGACUGUUCCUCAAGAGGAGAUCCUGAUGAAAGUGUACUCGUGUGCGUUGUUGAGGGACAUCCUGUUGCAGGGCCGUCUGUACAUCUCCAGGAACUGGUUGUGUUUCUAUGCGAACCUGUUUGGUAAAGACAUCAAAGUGUGUAUCCCCGUGGUGUUGGUUCGUCUGGUGAAGAAACACAGAACCGCCGGCCUGGUGCCGAACGGCCUGGCCAUCACCAUGGACACUGGACAGAAGUAUGUGUUUGUGUCCCUGCUGUCCAGAGACAGUGUGUAUGACGUCUUGCGGAGGAUCUGCACUCAUCUGCAGGUGAACGGGAAGAGUCUGAGUGUGAAGCUGUUCCUGGAGGAGCCCAUUUCUCUAUCAAUGGACGAGUUUCCAGAGGUGUUGAAGUGGAGGAGGAAGCCGUCGCUCCCCGCCGUCUCCUCGUCCCUCCCAGACCUGCUGGGAAGCUCCUCCCCCAGCCUCGCCGCCGACACGCCCUUCAGCACGCACACGCUGACCGACAGCAGCCUGGAGACCGAGAAGAUCCUGCUGACAGAGCCGGUACCUGAACUGGGUCACAUGGAGUACCAGCUGCUCAAACUCUUCAUCCUGCUGUUCUGUGUCCUCCCUGUGUGUCUCAGUGUCUUCCUGCUGGUCCUGUCCUCCUGCUAUCUGGCCUUCAGAGUCUGUCGUCUGGAGCAGCAGCUCAGUUUCCUGAGCAGCCAGCCGACGCCCAGGGAAAGGUGUGGAGAGGUGCCCUGUUGGCUGGCCAAUCAGAGGACAGGGACCUGACGCCGAAGCCAAUCAAAAUGAAGUCAAAUCUGCACUUACAUAGACUUGCCAUUAGGGGGUGACGUCGAGAGGAGACCGAUGAGUGGAGCAGCCGUCAGCGGCUGACCUGUGACCCCGCCGGGACCUGGUUACCAUAGAGACGUCACAGUAGUCAACCAGUAGACUGACCUCUGACCUCUGACCUCCGAGGCCGUGUGUGUUUACGUGAACAUGUGGUGAAGAAAUAACCAGAGACUGGAACGUCAGCCGCUCUCACUGAUGAAGAGUCGGUUUAAAAGACGGAGCUGAAGUGUUUCUCCUCGUGUUUUCCAUCGAGCUCCUGAACGCCACACGACUCAGGACCAUGUGCACAUGACUGGAUCUGAAGCUCUGUGAUUGGAUGUUUGCUGGAUCUGAAGCUCUGUGAUUGGAUGUUUGAUGGUUGCUGUAAGAAAAAAAGUUGAAAAAUCUGUUGCUGUAUUUCUUAACAUAGGCUGUAAUUUAAUAUGAAUCCGGUUCUUAAUAAAAAUACCCCUUUACAAGUA